AUGGCAACCAACAGUAUCAAACUCCUUACGGGGAAUAGCCACGGCAGUCUGGCGAAGCUGGUCGCCGACAGACUGGGUAUUGAGCUUGCGAAGAUUAUGGUGCUCCAAUAUUCGAACAACGAGUCGAGCAUAUCUAUAGGAGAGAGUGUCAGAGACGAAGAUGUAUUCAUUCUCCAGUCGACCGAGCCAGGCAACAUCAACGAUCACAUCAUGGAGCUUCUCAUCCUCAUCAACGCCUGCCGCACCGCCUCUGCUCGCCGAAUAACUGCUGUCCUACCCAACUUUCCGUACGCCAGACAAGACAAGAAGGAUAAGAGUAGAGCUCCUAUCACUGCCAAACUCAUGGCCAACAUGCUCCAGACGGCAGGCUGCAACCACGUCAUCACAAUGGAUCUGCACGCUUCACAGAUCCAAGGAUUUUUUAACGUGCCUGUCGACAACCUCUAUGCCGAGCCGUCGACGUUGCGGUGGAUUAAGGACAACCUCAAUGUGCCGGACUGUGUUAUCGUCUCUCCUGACGCUGGUGGUGCAAAAAGAGCUACAAGCAUUGCAGACGGUCUCGACCUCCAAUUCGCACUCAUACACAAGGAACGCUCACGACCAAACGAAGUAUCCCGAAUGACGCUGGUUGGUGAUGUGAGGGGCAAGGUUGCCAUUAUUGUGGACGAUAUGGCCGACACGUGCGGCACCCUUGUCAAAGCUGCCGACGUGGUGCUGGAGCAUGGCGCAAAAGAGGCCAUUGCGAUCGUCACGCAUGGCAUUCUGAGCGGAAACGCGAUCGAAAAGCUGAACAACAGCAAGGCUCUCAAGACUCUCGUCAUCACGAAUACAGUACCCCACGAGGAGAAGAAGAAGCAAUGUGACAAGAUCGCGACCAUCGAUAUCAGUCCCACACUUGCGGAGGCCAUACGGCGAACACAUAAUGGCGAAUCGGUCUCAUUCCUGUUCAAGCAUGCGCCUUUGGAUUAGGAGUCCUCUUAUUGAAAUGCUGCGAAGAUUAAACGAACACGGAGUUCAAGGACAGAGGUUCGUAGGCCGAUCACUUGGCUUUUUUGGUACAAAUAAUGAUGAUUUGCAAUGCG